ACCCACAAGGACCGUUCUAUGGUAUUGACUUGAUGGCAGUAAGUUUGCUUUGGUCUGGUUAAGACACAGCCAGGAACAGAAGCCAAAGACUCUGACACCCAUUCUCUCAAACAUAUUUACUGAGGACCAGGAACCUGGAAUCUAGACCCUGGGGCAAUGUUCAACCCAGUCCAGUCCUCUCUCCAAUAGGAAAGAGCAAAAAUAAUUAACCAGAGAAAAGAGCUGUACAAAGAAAACCACAAAAGUCUUCUACAAGGGAUAAGAACGCGCCCAAGGGGUCUUUAUCAACUCCAGAAUCAUUGGCUGUGGGCAGGAAGGCGGGGCAGAGACGCUGGGAGGGUUGGAGCAUAUAAAGAGGGGAUAGGAUUAUGAGACCUAAUAACUGGCCCAGUGCACCUGGACUGACAAAGACAGCAAAUCUCCUCGGGUCCUCGAGGGAGGAGGCGUGUUAGACCUGAACAAGAGACCAGGACUAAAUGUAGCACAAGGACGGCUGGAGUGGAUGCGAGGGUGGCUCAGGAGCAUGUUCUCUGGGUUGGAGCCUGGAGGCGAGCGGAAAACUGCAACUCCCGGCGUGCACCACGGCGUGCCCCAGCUGGGACUGUCACGUGACGGGUGCUCACGUGUCUCCGCAGCCUGCUCCCGAGAGAAGCGCUGUAGGUGAAAAUCAGAGCCGCUCAGUUCCCCGCUGGCAUCAUCCUGGAAACCGCUCUGACUCCUCUCUGCUGACGGCGGAUCAUUUUAGGUAAAAGCCUUGAGGAAGAAGAAAUUGGGACCAGGGAGUGACCAAGGAGCAUCACAUGACAGUUCUUUGGGGAGAAGGAACUCGUGAUAGCCAGUCACGUGGCAAGAACAGGUUGAGAAGAAGCAAAGCCCCAGCCCUUCGAGGGAGGCACGUGAUCAGGCUGGUCCUGGUCUCCAGCGGAGCUGCCCGGAGCAUGUGGUCGUGAGGCAGGACCCGCCUCCCUGUAGCAGAGGGCUCUUGGCACCAUGGCCCACGCCAGCAUCAACAGUGACCCUGGCGAGUGGGGCUGGAGCACAGAUGCCGGGGAGCGGGCCCGCCUGCUGCAGAGUCCCUGUGUGGACACAGCCCCCAAGGGUGACGGGGAGGCCUCUUCUGAUGGCCCCCAUAGAGGCACCACUUCCACACUUGGGGCGAUCUUCAUCGUAGUCAACGCCUGCCUGGGGGCCGGGCUACUGAACUUCCCAGCCGCCUUCAGCACUGCCGGGGGUGUGGCAGCUGGCAUUGCACUACAGAUGGCCAUGCUGGUCUUCAUCAUUAGCGGCCUGGUCAUCCUGGCCUACUGCUCCCAGGCCAGCAACGAGGGGACGUACCAGGAGGUGGUGUGGGCCGUGUGUGGCAAGCUGACGGGGGUGCUGUGCGAGGUGGCCAUCGCCGUGUACACCUUCGGCACCUGCAUCGCCUUCCUCAUCAUCAUCGGGGACCAGCAGGACAAGAUUAUAGCUGUGAUGGCGAAGGAGCCCGAGGGGGCUGGCAGUGGCCCCUGGUACACCGACCGGAAGUUCACCAUCAGCCUCACCGCCUUCCUCUUCAUCCUGCCACUCUCCAUCCCCAGGGAGAUCGGGUUCCAGAAAUAUGCCAGCUUCCUCAGUGUCGUGGGCACCUGGUACGUCACUGCCAUUAUCAUCAUCAAGUACUUCUGGCCAGAUAGAGACAUGACUCCUGGAGACAUGCUGACCAGGCCGGCUUCCUGGGCGGCUGUGUUCAAUGCCAUGCCCACCAUCUGCUUCGGAUUUCAGUGCCACGUGAGUAGUGUGCCCGUCUUCAACAGCAUGCAGCGGCCCACGGUGAAGACCUGGGGCGCAGUGGUGACAGCCGCCAUGGUCAUAGCCCUUGCUGUCUACAUGGGCACAGGCAUCUGUGGCUUCCUGACCUUUGGAGCUGCCGUGGACCCCGAUGUGCUCCUGUCCUAUCCCUCAGAGGACGUGGCGGUGACUGUUGCCCGAGCCUUCAUCAUCCUCAGCGUGCUCACCUCCUACCCCAUCCUGCACUUCUGUGGGCGGGCUGUGGCCGAGGGGCUGUGGCUGCGCUAUCAGGGGAUGCCGGUGGAGGAGGACGUGGGGCGCGAGCGGCGACGGCGCGUGCUGCAGACGCUGGCCUGGUUCCUGCUCACCUUGCUGCUGGCCCUCUUCAUCCCUGAUAUCGGCAAGGUCAUCUCGGUCAUUGGAGGCCUGGCCGCCUGCUUCAUCUUCAUCUUCCCAGGACUGUGCCUCAUCCAAGCCAAACUCUCUGAGAUGGAGGAAGUCAAGCCAGCCAGCUGGUGGGCGCUGGUCAUUUACGGAGUCCUCUUGGUCACGCUGGGAGCUUUCAUCUUUGGCCAGACCACAGCCAAUGCCAUCUUUGUGGAUCUCGGAGCCUAACCACCGCCUCCCAAGAAUCGAACCUUUGCCGUUGGACCCAGGCGCCCAUAGUCUGGCGUCAUCCCCCUGGACUGGGGGGUCGGCCUCUGGACCCUCUCUUCCAGGGACAGUUCUAGGUGACAUCAAGGCCCACAACUCUGGACAACUCAAAGCCACCCCCCACCCCCCAGCCCUGGCAGUGCCAUGGGUGGUGGGAGGAGGUCUGAUGGCCCAGAAGAAGCUGCCCCUUCCCCAACUUCUCCAUACCUGGAAUCCAUGGGUGACAAAGACCCACGGGCCUUAGAACAAAGGACCCAGGCCAACGUCCCUCUGGAGAAAGAGAGUCGGGACAGGGGCCACUUGUCCUCCACAGAGCACACCUUGCCCCGAGGGCCACUCCUCACCCCUCGGCUCGGCACCCACGGGCCCUUCCACUCCCUGCUGGCCCACUGUGGCCCUGGUACUCAUCUUUCCCAUGGCUCACUCCACCUUCCAGACCCAUCCUGUCUGUCCCAAAACCUAAUGGUCCGGGCAAGCCUCCCCCUCCACCUCCAGGACAUGACCAUGUCUAAUGUUUACAAACGGUACCAGCCCGGCUCUGCUGGCUCCUCGGGCUCCACAUGAGCCCCUCGCUAGAGGCUCUCAGGGUGAGGGCGGAGGCUGGCAGCCUUCCCGUCCCUUACCCACUCUAGAAGCUCAGCGCUGCAUACACAGGCUAAGCUGGCUACGGUCAAGGUGAGCCUCUGACCACUCAGUGAUCACUCCUCUCCUCCAACCAGGGCCAGCCCCAGCAAGAGUGGCCCAGAGAGAAAGCAGCAGCUGUCACAGUGGUCAGCAGUUACGUCUUCUCACUGCCGCCUGGACAAUUCCUUCCAACCUGGUCUUGUCUGGCUCACCCCCAGAGCCCGCCCCCAUGUCACUUGUGUCUCUGUAUAGCCCCGCCUCCUGCUGAAAGGUGGUGGAGGUGGAUUGCAAACCCUUGCACCAGCUACUUCACUAUGUGGCCACUUGGCCUGACCUCUGGCCACAAUAAGGUCAUUCUUCAUAGUUGCCCCAGUUGGGAUAAAGAGAGACUGGUCUCACCAUCCACAUUCCCAUCCUGAGCUGCCUCAGCCCAGCCUCGGUCUGGGCCCUGAGUCUAGCUUCCUCCCAUGGAGCACCCAGCAUUCCUUAGUGUCUUUCCCACAAGGACUACUGCUGGUGAGGCAGGCAGCCCUCCGUAGCCCACCACUCGGAGCAGUCUCCUCCAAGAAGUGGAAUUGGUUGGAGGUCGGCUAGGCCUCUGCCUCAUCCACCAACAAGGUCGCCCACCUUGUAUUAUCCCGACCCCUCGGUGCCUGCCCUGGGCCAGCCCCAGUCCCUAACCGGGUUAGGCUGCACAGCUACCCGAAGCCGUAUUAUGCGGGGGUGCAGAAGUGGGGAGGGCAAAGGGCAGCAGGAAGAUAAGGGGAGUCGUUGUUGCCAGGAGCUGCAUCUUUGGGGAAAAGGAGCUGGCAUCUCCUAACCUCAGGAACCCCUCAGCCUUCCUCCCUGGCAGGGUAUUUUACUGGGUCUUGUUGUUCAAUGUAUGCGCAGCUUGGAGAAGUGCUGGUCAUUAAUAAAAACAAGCCUGGACUGCA